AUGGAUGCUUUACACGAACUCUCUGAAGACUUUCUAACAUGCUGCAUCUGCUUGGACAGAUACAAGAAUCCAAAACAGCUACCAUGUUUGCAUUCUUUUUGUCGAGAUUGUUUAUCGGAUCAUAUCAAAGCAAAUGAUACAGGGGGUUUGAUAGCCUUCCCGUGUCCAGAAUGUCGAAAA